AUGACAACGUCGCCUAGCGGUAUUCACCACAGGCAUCGCGACUAUUACUCGGAGAACUCGCCCAUCCCUUCCAUCCAGCGCUUCUUCAAGAAGGGUCUCUCAGAAGUCAUUGCCAAGCGCAACAGCAUCGAUUCCGACUCUGAGCAAGAGGACGCCGAUCAUCUGGCGGGGGUAGGAGGACAACCUUCGGACCAGCUCGACGGUCAAACAGCUCGUGCUGACCAAGGUCAAGGGGACCAGAACAGGUCGAAGAAGAAGCGCUUCUCUGAUCUAUUCUCGUCUUCAUCGAGCCAGGCCAAGGACAUUCAAUCUCAAGAUAGCAAUAGAGCCGAUGCUUCGGACGACGACAGCAACGCAGAAGAGGCAUAUCAACAUCCUGACAAGGCAGACAAGGCGUACAAACGAAGUCGUAGACCCCGCAACGUAAGAGACCCUGUCACCGGACGCAACACCUGGGUCCAUGAUGUCGGCAAGCGCGAAUACCGUCAGACGCUAGCACGAGCCGAAGCUGGUGACAAGCGCGGCUCACAAGAGGUGCUUCGCUCCAACCUCGACAGCAACGUGACUUCCACGGCAUUCCCUCCCUCACCGCCGUUGCCUUCUUCCGUUCAUCGGAUAGAUCCCCGUCUUGUCCUGCUUUUCGGCUUCUGGUCUCUACUCACAGUGCUGAGACUUGUUCCUGGGUGGAUCAGUGUAUUGCUGAAUGCCUGGCUACUGUGGUUCGGAUGGAGAGUGUUUCUGUCGCAGUCCGAGGAUCAAAGGUGGGAUAGAGAACGACGCCGAGGCGAGAAAGCUCGAUUGUUCGACGAGUCCGAGGACACUGAAGGCGAUCUUGCAGCGAGUCGAGGCAUUACCGAAGGAGCAGAAUGGUUCAAUGGCAUCCUGGAAGCGCUUUGGAGUGUUAUGAAUCCAGAGCUUUUCUCGUCGCUAGGAGGCACACUCGAGGAUGUCAUGCAGGCCUCGAUACCUUCAUUCAUCCAUUCCGUCAAGGUAGAGGACCUCGCACAAGGAUCGACUCCCAUACGCAUCACGGGUCUCAGGAUUCUUUCAGACGCUCAUGCUGGUAGUCUGGCAAGCGACAUGAGGAGAGAGAAGGGUCGACGACGUACAAAGCACGACCGAACAGACGAUCAGCCUGCCCAGGACGAGCACGAGCAGCAAAAGGCUGAAAACAAGACAGGUGAUGACGACACCGACGACAGAGGCGAAUACUACGUCAACCUCGAACUUGGCUUUGUUUAUCGAGCUCGUCCUACAUCUCACGGCGUCGGAGGCAAGAGUCGCAAUGCUCAUCUCCUCAUCAAGUUCUGGAUCGGCGCACGCAAACUGUUGAUGCUUCCUUUGCCGGUCUGGGUCGAGAUCAAAGGCUUCGUGGGCAAAGUGCGUGCGCGCGUCCAGCUCACUUCGGACCCUCCCUUCAUCAAGCAUGUCACAUUUACCUUUUGCGGACUGCCUCGAGUGGGCAUCGAGGUGGUGCCGCUGCGUAUCAACACUGCCAACAUACCGUUCAUAUCGAGCUUUAUUGAGAGCUCGAUCGAUGCGGCUGUUGGUGAAUUUGUCAUGCCCUCGUCGCUCACUCUGGACGUGGGCGAGAUGCUGAUGGGCGACAACAUCAAACGCGAAGUCUUGACUGUCGGCGUUGUGGUGGUGCGCAUUCAUUCGGCCACCGACCUAGAAAAGCAAGACGUUCGAGGCUCAUCGGAUCCCUACUGCACACUCAGCCUCGCCAAGGUGGGCAAGAUUCUGUACAGCACAAGGGUGGUGCUCAACGAGCUUUCUCCGCGGUGGGAGGAGCGACACGUGAUCCUGGUGACAAGGGAGCAUCUGGAUUCGGAUGACAAGGUUUCGAUCGCGCUGUGGGACUCGGAUCGCUUCUCGCAAGAUGACAUGCUCGGUCGUGCCGAAGUGGAUCUGGUUGCUCUGGCAAGGCAUCCGAACAAGCUCUUCGGGCGGUCUGAUACGCUCAACGGACUGGACAGGGAGAGAACCAAGCAGGGCAAUAUUCAUUGGAGUUUGGGAUUCUUCACCAAGGCACCGUCGAUGCGCGAUGGAUCGCCGCCCAACUCUGUGCAACGCAAGGAGAGCAUCGACGACGAGGCAGAGCACGAUGGAGGCGAGAUGGAAGACAGGUCUAUCGAGACCAGCAGCCCACUCUCGCAAGACGUGGUGGAUCGGGAGAAGAAUACACAGACGCGCAACCAGACGACUGCGGUGGAUUUCGAGCCUCCCGAUCCUAGCCUGCCGUCAGGCAUCUUGUCAAUGCAGAUUCACCACAUUGCAAACCUGGAGGUGGCAGAUGGUCACACUUCUAUGCGAUCGCGCAAGAAGGACGAGCCGGGACAGGAUGUCGAGAAUGUCGAGACAGAAGACGACCCGGAUCGCGCGCCUUCGGCGUACUGUCGCAUCAUCUUGAACGACGAAGUGAUCUUCCAGACGCGGACCAAAGCUCUGAACGCGAACCCGUUCUACAAUGCAGGAACGGAACGAUUCGUUCGCGACUGGCGAAGGACGUUGAUCAUGGUGGUCGUGUACGACUUCCGAGUACGCGAGGCUGAUGCCAUCCUGGGUGUUGUGCCGAUCAAAUUGUCGGAUUUGUUCAAGGAAAGCUCGCAAGUGACGCGGUUCUUCCCGUUGGCCGGUGGGGUGGGUCACGGCCGCAUUCGGCUGUCCUUGCUCUUUCGUCCGGUCGAGCGCACCAGUCGGGAGCCAAAAAGACUGGGAUGGAACAUUGGCACUGUCCGGCUGCUGUCGUCUCCUGUGGCGACCGACUUUGACGAAAGCAAGGGCGCGAGCGGGCACGAUUUGCACUUGGUUGCGCUGCGGGCUGCGACGCUGGCGGGCAGCGCCAAGAUCGCCGCGAGCAGAGCGCGAUAUGUCGACAGAGGGUCGAAGGCAGCUGUUGAGUGGAGAUUGGACGACAGAGAGCUGCCGUUCAAGGUGCCUGCACGCCGAAGGUAUUCUGCACCUUACGUGAUCGAGUUCCGCGCACUCUCAGCGCUUGGUAAGCGCAAGACAACACACAUGUGUAUCGUCUGGCAGCAAGACUUGUGCGAUGACGAGGUGGUCGACGUUCAACUGCCCAUCUGGCGGCCCAAGCCGGGGCAUGACUUUCACCGCUUGCGUCAGAACUACCACGACUAUCGCAACGAAGGCGAAACCGAGCAGUUGGGAGUGGAGAGAAUUGGGUACCUGCACGUCAAGAUGCAGUUCAAGUCUGGGUUGGGCAAGAUUCACACGCAAUUCGACAACAACCCAGGGGCCAAGUCGGUGAUGGAUGCAUGGCGGUGUUGUGUUGCGUUGGGGUUGAGGAGCGUCAGUGGAGACUUUGCCAACUCGAGGACGAAUACGGCUGGAUACCUGGAGGACAUGGACGAAGCCGAGCACGUCGAGCCUGGGGAGGGGAGUGACGAUUCUGAUACCAGCGACGAAGAUGAGAGAGCAGCCGAAACACGCAGGAAGGAAGGGUCCCUGGGCGAUUCUGAAGACCAAGAAGACGCCGAGGAUGCGGGGGAGAACGAAGGGGCAGGGUUGCAGCGCAGUCGCUCACUUAAGCAAAAGUACAGCGACUGGAAAGCGGAAAAGGAGGAACUGCAUCGUCAGCACAAGGGCAUCAAGCAGUUCAAGCCUGUCAGGACGGUGUCGUGGUUGGGUCAGACGGCGAAAAGUGCAGGAGCGGGUCUGAAGGACCGUUUUGAUCUGCAGGACAGGCGAUCGCAACAUGUCGAGACUGAGCUGUGA